AUGUCGGAGGCGACGUCGCUGUUCGGGCGCGCGGCCACCGACGCCAGUGCUAGCAGCCGCAGCAACGGCAGUGGCGGGCGUAGCGCCCCCACUGUCUCUCUACCUGACGCCGAGUCCCGCCGGAACUUGUUGCACCGCACGCCUGGAGGCUCACAACGCUCGCAGAACGGGGACAAUGUUUCGUUCCUGAGCUCUACGCCCAUUGAGGAGUUCGUGGCCAAGUACCAGGUGAUCAAAGUCUCAUGGCGUGGCAAGUACGAGCGCAUCCUGGCGCUGGCGCCCACACGCUUCUGCACUAUUGACCCGCGCGACUUCGAAGUCACCAAUACGUGGUCACUCACAGCUCUCGUCGGCAUCAACCUUGACCCGUCGGACGCACAAGGCUUUGCUCUGUCGCUAAAGGGCGCCAAGAAGGACGAGCAGCUCAAACUGCGCUGUCGCUUCCGCUCCCGACUGCUCUCGGAUCUUUACCGACUCAGAGACCAAUACCAGCAACGCAAUGGGCGCUCUGAAACGGGUUUUCAAUGCUCCAAAUGGUCGAGAAAAUGUGACACGAUCAACUGCAUGCUGGACGUGGGGAUGGAUGGGGUUACUCUUACCCAACCGGGCAUUGUCCGCUCCAAAUACCUGUACACGGAGAUGGAGCACUUGACGUUGCUCACGGACUCUCAGGACGGGUUUGCCAUUGGAUACACUGGACGAAGCAGACUCUUCUUUAGUCAACACAGAGCGCAGAUUUAUCGUCGCAUUCAGGCUGCAGCGGAAGCAAUUGGAUGCAAGCUCCAGGCGAGGACCAAUGUGACGGCUGAGAAGAUUCAAGAGGAGAGAAACUAUUAUGGUCUGAACAACGGUGAGCCGUUCGUGCAGUUCCACGUGAGAAAGCUGACACCCAAGUACCAUGAACCACAAGAGCGGGUUCUUUCGUUGCAUGAUAAGAUGCUGGUGGAACUGGAUCGUGAUGAAAAGGUCAUUGCGUGCUACAACUACGCGGAUAUUUACGUGCUUGUACGAGAACCAUCGAGCCCAGAGCAGUUCAAGAUCCAGUUUCGCAACGGCCAGAUGCGGACGUACCUGGCAAGGGACCGUGAUGGUGUCUUAAGCGCCAUCUACGAUAUUUGCGUGACUUGUGAUGAGAACCCCGAGUUGUUCAUUACUGGCUUUGUGAAUCAGCGAGGACUGCGCUUGCUACCUUUUUCGGCGGUGGAGGAUACGACCGAAACGCAAUCAUUUUUUAACGACUCCUCCAUUGCAAGUUGGUACCUUCAGCGCAUGGGAUCUGUGGGGAAAUUCGGAAAUUCCAUGAAAGUUGGCGAUAGAGGCUUUGUAGAAAUUGUGGCCGAGUUCAACGCAAAUGUCCCUGCAAGCGGAAUCCCGUACAAUACGAAGCACUCGAUUAUCGGAGAUGCUUUACGCCCAAUGUGUGCUCAGCUUUACUACGUCGCGAAGACAAAGCCCGUCCCUGAGCGCUCUGCGGUGACUCUUCUUCAGGCAAUGUUCCGCAUCUCGUCGUCCUACUACGGUUUCCGUGAGAUUGGGCAGGCUGGUCAGAUUUCAGAGACGAUCACGAACCUGUUAAUCAACGGCGAUGAAUUUGUUGUAUUUUGGACAACGCUGUUGCUGCGACGCCUGACGGCUCAUACGCCUUCGAGUUCGGCCAGCCUCGACAAAGCUUCCGUGAGAUAUUGCGAGGAAAUCGAGACGGAAAACAAGAAAGUGUUUCUCGCGAACACAUACUUAACCCAGUCUCUUAUCACUCACCUGGAGGAUAUUGAUGUGGAUCCCGAGAGCCACCACUCAAGUCACAACCCGAGGGCUGGCCCUCUUGUCAUGAUGGGUUUGCUACAAACCCUUGAAGGCUGUCUUUGCUCCCGGGCGUCUACAACGGGCACAGUGGAGUUCAUGACUUUAGUAGAAGGGGUGGCGAAAUACUACAGCACGUUACUGAAAGUGCUUUUCCAGUCUCGCUGCGCAACCACCGUCGAGGCGUGUACACUUCUGCUGAAGACCACUCUCGAGGAAUGCGACCCGGUUGUGGCUUCUAGCAUUCGAGACAAAGCCCUGACAGAAGGAAUUGUUCUGCGGCACUUCUACCAAGGCUUGUUUGACGAGUCCUUUGAUCAGAGAUGCGUGAGCAGGUAUUUAGUGUCCCUUUGGAUGAGUCAUCACGAUGGAUCGAAGCAACUCCUGUCGCGGAUGAUUCCUUCUGGCUUUUUCCACCUGCUAAAAGAACCCCCUGGAACGGCAGCGCAAAUCGAAGACUACGAUCGAUUGGAGCGGGAAGCAAUGGAAGCUGAACGCCAAGAACGCUUGUUAGAAUAUAAUGAUGAUGACCGUGCUUCGUCCACAAGUGAGUCAACCAUCCAAGGAGGUUCGAUGGAUUGGCUUUCUGGUGGAGAAAGCAGUAUUGCAGACUCCGAGAUUCAUCAGGAGAAGAUGUCGCGAAAGAGUGUAUCCAUGGGCGAUGUGGGCUCGGGCAAUGGACGCCAAAGCGGUCUUCAGUCAGAGUAUCGUCGCUCAUCAUUGUCAAACCUGCCCAUUCCCGAGAUCCGCUCAUCAUUUUCAGGCGAGCGAUCAUCGUUGACGCGGAAUGCCAGUAAUGGACGGAGUUCUUACGAGACACCGAUUGAAAACGAGCAGUCGAAGGCUCGAUUGCUACGCAAACUGAAAAGUUCAGUUGACGGGACCUCUAAGAGCUUGCGAUCGACUAACAAUUCAAUGCAUGAAUCCAAGUCUCGUAGCUCCAGUUCACACGACCCGGCACCACGUCUCCGCAAGAGGGAUGUGGCUCUAAGCUUCCUAGGUGCUCUCGGUGGUAAGAAAGCACCUGCUCAGCACGGGAACAAGACUUCAAAGGGAAGACACCGCGCGAUAUCACGCUCUGCGCGUGCACAAGAGAACUUCCGUCUUCUCUUUCACAUGCUCAGCCUGGACCACGAGACUGUUCAUAUGAUUUGGAACAAACAGACACGAGAAGAACUUCGGUCUGCAUUAUACGCUGAAAUUAAGCGCUUCACCCAAUUCCAAAUUAACAGCGGAAUGAUGAAAGCUCGAUGGAACUACGAGGAUUUUGAGGUGCCGUAUCCAAGUCUCGCCAAUGAGGUCGGCGUUGGUGGAUGUUACAUCAGAAUACUGGCGCAUUUGCGGAGUAAAAUGUCCUUCUUUGGAUCAGUCACGGAGGAAGACGAGUUCAUAGUACUGACACCCGAGCAGGUUCCUGUCCGGAACCCUGCAGCGGUACUGGCGGCACUGUAUGUUCGGAUGCUGCGCGAGAACAUCCACGCCGAGUAUAGAGACGAUCUGGAAACGUCGAUACUGUGCAUUAAAAGUAUGGGAGUUGUGGCAGCUGCUCAUGCAGGAUAUGUGAAUGCCGUGAAUUUCGAAGAGGUUGAACACCUGUGGACGCUCAUGAGCGAGACCGUACAUGCGUCGAUGUUGGCGAACUUCCUUCAGACCGUUCGGGCGUUGUGUAUGCACCCUGGGAAUGCACGUCGAGUGCUACGCAGUGAACACAACGUGGAGCUGGCGGUUCAACUUCUCCAGUUGGCACACUCGACGAACCGCGAUGUUGGUGAUAUCACCGAGCCGAAGAAACUGUGGAUUCUCGAAACUGACGGAGGAGAGCAACUCGGACCAUUUAGCGUGAACGAAUUGAAGCAGAAACGAGACGAAGAGCACACAGACAUGAGCUCGUUCUGGGUUAAACGCCACGAUGACCUAGCUUGCGAAUCAUUUACGACAAAGGCUAAAGUCAUGGAAAUCGCGCAGUUGCGAUGGGAAGUUGGAAUUCUAGGCGACUUGAACCCGCUCCAGAUGGCACACGAUGCAAUUAGCGUGCUACUCUCGGUGGCACACAGUAACUCGUUGUUAAGUAAACGUGACGACGACUUCACAUCGCCCAUUUUCCCGCUGCCCCGAGGAAAGACGACGUUAUGGAGAUUCGCCCGUCAAAUUUUACCGGUGUUGAUUCGAAGCAAUCAUCCUAAACUAUGGGAAAAGGUUGCCACGUUGCUCGAAUUCUUGUACAUUGAUCAGCAGCCAAUUGGUGAAUCACCAGAAGAAGACGUAACAAAUCGAGCAUCGUUGUUCUCCUGGGGCUUGUUCUACUUGGCGUUCGUAGGAGGAGCAUCCGAUUUCAAGUCUAUGGCGGGAUUGCUGAAGGCUACACAUAAACAUCAGGCCAAAUUCAACGGAACGAGCUCACUGAAAAACAUUUUACCUCAGGCUAUGAUCAACUUGCUGGAUCAGUCGUCUCCUUCUGCGUUCACAAACGUAUUCUGCGAGGGAGAACAGUCGCCGCUGGUGAUUUGGAAUGACGCUAUGCGGGAGCAUUUACAGACCGUAUGCCAAGCGCAUUUGCAAGAUUAUGCCGAGGUUUUGGAAGAAGAUGCGUCGCGCGAUUGGUGCUUUUGCCCGAUGGCACCUGUUGCGUUCAAGGAGUUGGCCGAUGAAGUCUGGUGUGGUGGAGUUUACCUGGGCCAGUUUUGUGAGCACGGCACCUUCGACAUUGCUGACCCCUUGAAUUUUAUGGAGAAGCUAACCAUGGAAUGGCGCGCCGAAGUGAACCGCCAAGAUACAUCCAUGACCUUUGGUCAAGCGCGACAAAUCUUGGAUGUUACUGAUGAGGAGGGUAUGCAAAAUUCUGAUGCUACUCUUCGUGCUGGGUUCAAGGAGAAGGGUCGAGCUCUUAUUCAGUCAAACAUCUCUGCGAGCACAUACUCUGAAAGACUGGACGAGCUGCAAGAGGCGUACCGAGUUCUUACAUGCCCACGACCAACUUUAUUGUCCGCUGGCCAUGACCCUGAGAACCUGCUGCUUCUGCUUCACUCUUUAGUCAUCAUGUGCAAUCGCUAUCCAGAACAGCUCGUAGACUAUGAGUUUGACGCUUACGAUCUUCUGCUUCCACUACUGGACUCUCACUGCACAGCGGAUGGAGUUCCCCCAGAAGGCACCACAACAGCUCAGACCCUUGAGAUCUCCGUUUGCGCUGCAGAGCUGAUCUACAACACGUGUGCAGUAUCGGUAGCCAACGGCGAACUACUGCUUGAGCAGCCAGACUUGAAUACUCUCGAGAAGGUUGUGAAUUUCUGCGUUGAUUCAAUGGUUGGCUGUGAAGCGGCAGAAAAACCAGAAUUGCUGGAGGUGUGCUUUUACUUGCUUCAAACUAUCACGGGGCUCUUGGCAUCACCUCGUGGAAGGGAAUGGAUUGCGGAGCCAUCAACAUUGCUGGUGGAUAUGGUUCGCAUUCUGUGGAUGUGGAACAAUGCUGAACAGAAAUCCUUCGUGAUGGCGAAGCUUGCGCAGCAAGUUCUUGAAGGCAUAUCGAGAAUGGCACAGCUGGAGAAAAACCAGCAACGGCUUGUCAAAGCUGGCGUGUUGUGGCAAUUAUUCAAGCUCUUUUCAACGUACGACGUAGAGUUGGACGACACCACCGUCCGCACCCGGUUGCAGCACAACGUUGAGACCGAGGAAGAAGGAUAUGCGACUGUGGCCGUGGAAAUCCAGAACCUGUUAGCUGUCAUGGCAGUUCGUGCUCUUUGCAGACUUGGAGGACUGUUUAUCGACGGGAGUGAGCUCCAAUCUCCACCCAAUGCUUUGGUGAAACAGGUUGUCGACGCGCUAAUGACGCCGAAUUUGUCGGGUCUAUUGCUACUGAGCAGCCAUCACGAGUUCUUGAAGAUCUUCCAUGGCGAAUGCGAAUCCUACACGCUGUUUUGGAAUAGUGAGAUGCGACAAGAGCUGAUGAAUUUCGUAUCCCCAAGGGCCAGUGUCGAGCCUGCAAUGACGACGAACGAACAAUACGUCGACGCCAUUAAGUUCCGGUUCAUGUAUCUGGCAGACCUGUUCUAUGUCGGCGGUCUCUACAUCGAAAUGCUCAUGGGCAGUCUUCUCGUCAUUGAGAAAAGCAUGGUCCCAGCGCCCAUCGCUGAGCUGGGACUUACCGAAACAUUCUUCAAGGAGUUGUUCUCGUUCAUUGACAGUGGAGAGCUUGUUUAUCCUGAGUUUGUGAACGAAGAGGGGAGUGUGCAGCGGCUUCCUCCCUAUGCUGGCUGGAAUAUCGACGAAGAGCAGCGAAUUACAUUGGACAGAGUUACCGCUUUGAACUGUUUGUCGAUUGCAACUUCAGUGGCUCCGACACUGGUGGAAAAGAACCUGGUGGCAAACGACAGCGCCAUGAAGAUGGUGUUACGUCUUCUAUUCCCACCGGACAAUGAAGUCCAUCAGAGCGAAGACGCCGAGAAGAGCCUUGUGCUAACCCAGCAGUUGUAUGUGCCGUGCCGGUUGCACUGCAUUGCGACACUUCAAGUCCUGUCGACACUAGAAGACUUUAGCACAGCCGCCCUGGAAUUCGGAAUUUGUGAUAUCCUCAUCGAGUUGGUUCAUAUCUGCCAAGACGUGGGGCCUGAUGCACUCGGGAUUAUUCGCAAUCUUUGUGCGAACGGAGCUGCGGCCAAGUGUGUUUCAGAAAUCCUCCAGUCCGGAGUCUACUUGGAAUUCAUUGGGUGGUUGUUGCUUGUCGAAGAAACCAUCGUCGACGACGAGUUUGAUGCAGCCGAGCGGUUGCGUAUCCCGUCCGCCAUGAUUCUCUCUGAAUUGGUCAAGGAUGGAGCACCGCUGAACAUUGAGUCGAGGCGCGCGCUCUGCCGCUUCUUCCCUCCUGCUAUCAUUCGGACAAUUGCUUCAUGUCCAGACACCAUCGUGGAGUAUAUUAUGGCCGACCACAAGACGCCAGAGCUCGUAUGGAACGCCGAGUUCCGCAACCAUCAGCGAAAUAGUAUCGUCAACUUCCUCAACAUCUACUUCUCGUCAACAUCGAUUACUGAGACGGAGGACGGGAACUUCACGUCCGUGGUUGACUCGUUUGAGAUCGAUUACACGGGCUUGUAUCCAGCUCCGAUGGCUGGCAAUGUCUAUCUCACGUUGUACAUGGAAGACCCCACUUUCAACCUGCACGAUCCUCUGUACUUCAUGACCUGUUUGUGGUCGGAGUUCGAAGUAUUGUUCAAGCAGCUCGCUCACAUGACAUCAGCACUUCGCGCGACGAUGCCUCGUGCGGACGACGAGAUGAUACAGCGUGAUAUUAAUCUGAUUGAUCUUGUCGGGUCUUCACUAGUGUGUCUACUACAGUUUGAGACACCAUUACUGGAGAACGCAGCGGAGCUCCAGAUCCCUUCGAAAUGCUGCGAGUAUCUGAACCAAACAGUCCGUUCUCAAGCGUGUGAGCCGUGCGUGGUCAACGUUGUUCGAAUCCUUCGAGUAUGCACAAUGUCUCGAACGUGCAUUGCGUCGAUGCAGUCAAUGUGUUCCACAGCAUUGUCGUGCUUGAUGGCGAUCAUUAACCCCAUUCGAGGAGGCCCUCUUCACUGUGAGAGUGCGUUUGUGCUGGAGAUCAUGCGACGAAUCGUGAAGGAUUAUCCCGAGCACGGCGAUAGAGACGCGAGCGCUGGUAUUGUGUAUCUUGCAAGUCGGUUGGAUCUGUUCGGCUUCCUCUUGAACAUUCUAGAGAACCCCGACAGCCUCGGAAAGGUGAAGGAGCAGCAUAUCGUCCGCGCUGAAGCGAUCGAGAUUUUGAACAUGCUGGAAAAGGACCGUGUCCAAGGAAGCACAGCCCACCAGAUUUUGAAGAAGCACAAAAAAUGGCAGAAGAGCUACCGGCACGAAGCCACCGACGUAGUGAAGGCCAUGGCGACUGAAGACCCAUUUUUGAAACUCUUGUUCCCCGAGGCAGACCGCGUGAUGCGCGCGUUAGUGUAG